AUGAUCAAGGAGGAGGAGCAGGCUGAAGAUGGAGGUUUCUCACCAUGGGCAGAAAGAUAUCACGUCUUCCUUUCAGUGGAAACUCAGAAAAUCUUGCUUCUAGACGCAGGUCAAAAUAAGCAUCCAAGAAUUAUGACCUCUUCCAAUGUGGCUGAACCUUCCGAGCUAGGAGCUGUUGUGUAUCCAGGUCCAGCUAUUCCUGGACUGGAGAGUCCUACUCAGAAUCACUCAUGUCCUUUUGGAUUAUUGUACUGUAAUACACUCUACAUGAGGUUGCUCUUGAAAAGUGUUGAAACUACUGCUGGUGAACAGUGGAUCAACAGAGCAGUGACAUCAAUUCUGCGAGGCUUGAAAAAGAAGGGGAUCCAGCAACCAACUCCUAUCCAGAUACAGGGAAUUCCUACUAUACUUUCCGGUAGAGACAUGAUUGGUAUUGCCUUCACUGGCUCUGGCAAGACCCUUGUGUUCACCCUCCCGGUUAUCAUGUUUUGCCUGGAGCAGGAAAAGAGGCUGCCAUUUUCCAAAAGGGAAGGACCGUAUGGGCUCAUCAUCUGCCCCUCAAGGGAACUGGCUCGACAGACUCAUGGCAUCCUGGAAUACUAUUGCCGCCUGCUGCAGGAGGAUGGGAUGCCUGCCUUGCGCUGUGCUCUUUGCAUCGGUGGCAUGUCUGUGAAAGAACAAAUGGAGACUAUCAAACAUGGUGUACACAUGAUGGUGGCAACCCCAGGCCGUCUCAUGGAUCUAUUACAGAAAAAGAUGGUCAGUCUGGAUGUCUGCCGCUACCUGGCUUUGGAUGAAGCUGACAGGAUGAUUGAUAUGGGUUUUGAAGGAGAUAUCCGCACUAUCUUUUCCUAUUUCAAGGGACAACGGCAGACCCUGCUCUUCAGUGCCACCAUGCCUAAAAAGAUUCAGAAUUUUGCAAAGAGUGCCCUUGUAAAGCCAAUCACAAUCAAUGUGGGACGUGCAGGAGCUGCCAGUUUAGAUGUCAUACAGGAAGUAGAAUAUGUGAAGGAGGAAGCUAAAAUGGUAUAUCUACUUGAAUGUCUACAGAAGACUCCACCACCUGUUCUUAUUUUUGCUGAGAAGAAAGCAGAUGUAGAUGCAAUUCAUGAAUAUUUAUUACUCAAAGGUGUAGAGGCUGUGGCCAUACAUGGUGGAAAAGACCAAGAGGAACGGACAAAGGCUAUUGAGGCUUUCCGGGAUGGCAAAAAGGACGUUCUUGUUGCAACAGAUGUUGCCUCCAAAGGCUUGGAUUUCCCAGCCAUCCAGCAUGUCAUCAAUUAUGACAUGCCCGAGGAGAUAGAAAAUUAUG